AUCAUAUUUAAUCGUUUUCCAAUCACAAAUACUGGCAAUACACGAGAAGAAUCGAUCAAUCACAGUAAUUAACUUCACAUCAAAGCUCGAUCUUAUCAUAAAAUAGAAUAUUUAAAAACGGUAUUUAAGUACUUUCCCACAGAGCUAGUUUUAAAAACGUUUCGGAAUUAUUGGCUUCACCUGGUUGAGCUUGUUCCAUUUAAAAUUGAUCGUUCGAACAGUUAAGCUGGUUAAAAUGGAUAGAAUUUCUCAAAAUUAUGAAUUUGAAUAUCGGCGUCGUUUGCGCAGGAAAGCUCCGGAGCCUGACAGACUUGAUAUACUAAAGGCGAGUAUAAAGACAGUCAGCAAAGAAUAUUGUGAGGAGUCGUCCAUAUGCGGACUGAAGCAUCUUGUGGACGAUAAUACUCCGUUCGUUGAAAGAAUCAUUUGGAUCGUAACAUUGGUGGUGGGUCUGAUCUGCUCCAUAUCGCUGGUGUGGCUGACGUUUGACAAGUACUACAGCGCGCCGCUGGUGACCACACAGUUGCCUGAGGGCACGCCGGUCAACAAGAUCAUAUUCCCAGCUGUCGGCAUUUGUACUAACAACAGGAUCAGUAAGCGAGCUGCCACCGAACUUGCCAGGAAAUUACUGAAAGCGGAGCGUAAUCAAAAUUACACAGAAGAGGAAAUGAUGUCCCUGCUGUAUGGACUAGGCCAACUUUAUGGGCUGGGUGCAGUCAACUUUUACAACGUGUCGCCUCUAGAGCUGCAUCACGCUUUAGGCGAAUAUGACGUGCAUGAACUCAUGCAGAGUUUAACGCCUCGGUGUGAAGAUCUCUUAGUUCGAUGCGUUUGGAACACGGAGCCGCGAAAAUGUCUAGAUUUGUUUGACUUUCGACUCACUAUGAACGGCUACUGCUGUACUUUUAACUACUUGCGACCACACGAUACUAUUUUUGAGAAUGUAACGAACAGUUCGCGGAAUACUGACAUGUACAGGUAUGGCAAUAAGUCUUUCUUCGACUUUGACCAAGGUCUGAAAGUUUUGUUGCGCCUCAACGAGAGUGACGAUUUCUUCUACAACAUACCUUUACAGGGAGCUCAGCUACAAUUUUCAGACGCAUAUGACUUUCCGGACUCGCCAAGUGGAAGUUUUGCUAUGCAAAUAAUAAGUCCUAAUGUACAGAUGUCAGUGAUGGUAACAGCCAGUUUAACAGAAGCGUCCCGUGACAUACAACACGUGCCUAUCAAGCUGAGAAAAUGUCGAUUCUAUGACGAAUCAUCAUAUCUCCCUUUCUACACUUACAGUGAUUGCAUGCUGAAAUGUAGAAUGCAUUUUCUGUUAGACAACUGCAAUUGCACGCCCUUUAAUAUGCUGAAGAUGACCAAUGCAAGGACGUGUAAUAUGAAGGAUGUGCCUUGUCUUAGAUCUUAUUACUCACAAUCGAUAGCCGUGCGCCCGAUCGUAGAUCACGUGCCGCCUGAGUUAGAGUUGGAUGCGGUCAACGGCGGGAUCGACUGCCCCAUGUGCAACCCCACAUGUUCCAAGACAGCUUACAGUUACGACUUCAACAAUGUCGUAAUAUACCCGGAGUAUCUCAACACAGUUCCCGACAGUGAACGGGAUGAAUGGCAGCAAGGCGUAAAUUUUACCGGAAUCUCGUUUGUUCACGUGAAGUACGCGAGGGACGUAGCCGACUGCUACGGACAGAAUGUUAUUAUGAAGUGGUUCGAUCUCAUCAGUAACAUCGGUUCCACCUGUGGCUUCAUUACCGGCUUCAGCUUCGUUUCGGUGUUGGAAUUCUUUUACUUUUUCACCGUGAAGUUGGUUCGAGAAGUUCGCUCGCGACAGCACCGAGUCAAGAAAGCUAAUAAAUUGGUAGUGGAACCCCAAAGACCACGACAUUUCGAGCCCAUUCGUCGAUACCGAUCAAUAUAUUGGAAUGAAAUUGCAGUGGGAUUAGAUUGGGAGAAAAACCGACAUAUCUUGUCAUAAUCAUAGGAUAUUGAAAUUAAGUUUACUGUGUAGGGAAUAGGGAUAUAGUCCAGUAUUAGAUUAAGAGUUUCUGUAUUGUCGUUUAGAAGCAUUGAAUAUUAGUGUAGCAUUCGAUAUAAGAUUUUAUCAACAUAAUGGUUGUAUAAAUCGAAUAAUUGAACACCUGUGUAGUUCUCAUUCUGAUUAUGAUCUUUAUGAAACUUGGAUUGGGCACCGUCGUACCUAAUUGCCAUUAUUUAUUUGUUCUGAUACAUGUAUGUUAUCGUUAAGCACGUAAACUGUU